AUGCAUUAAGAUCCUUAAAACAACGAAGAAAUUAUAUUACUAUAAACAAUAGAAAAGGAUUUAUCUACUGAUUAAUAUUUACAAUAAAUUUGUAAACAAAUAGGAUAGCAAAAUUAAAGUAAUUAUAUUUUUGCAUAUAAGAUCCUAGAUUGUUGAUAUUUUUACAAGAGUUAUUAAAAAUACUCUUUAACUCUUAUUUGUAAAAAGAAUAUAUUUAAAAAGCUUUUGAAAUACUCAACAAUAUUCUGAAUAAAUAAAAAUUUAAGAAUAGACUUAUUCAAAAUUCAGACUUAAGUCACUAUAUAAACUAAAAAUACUCUGAUGUAUUAGGUAUUCUCUUUAUUAUUUUAUAGCAAAAUUUUAUGAAAAAGCAUUUUUGAAAGGUCCUGAUGAUGCAUUUAAACAUAUAAAUUUUGUUUAUUACCAAAAGAUUGUUAAAGAUUAUAUGCAAUCUCCUCAUUGUUAAAAUUUAGCAAUAACAUAAAGUAUUUUAUAAAAAAUUGAUUCAACUUAUUAAAAUUUUAUAGGAAAUACUCCUUAAGAAUUUGAAAUGGCUGUUUUUGAGUGUCUAAAUUCACAAGAAUAAGAAUUACUAAGUUAAAUUGUAUCCGUUGAUUAAAGUAAAGCUGUUAAAUAGACAAAUAAUUUAUAAGAAAGAUUUUUAUUAAAUCUUCCUCCAGAUUUGUAAGAUAAAUUUAAAAGCCUUUCUUUGACAGAUUUUUAUGCUUUUAGAGAUUAUCUUGUAUAAGAAAAACAGAAUAGAGGAUUAGAAAAAAUUUUAGGAUAUAUUUUUGUAGACAAACUAAAUUUUUAUUUAAAUUCUUAUUAUUUUGUAAAUUCAGCUAAAAAAAUUAAAUAAAAUAAAUCAGAUAUAUUAAAAUUAUUACCUGAACUUGAAAAUGGUAUCAUGGAUUCCCAAAAAGAUUAUUAUUCUUUUAUUGAUAUACCAUAUGUAAAAUAUUUUUAUAAAAGUUUAAAAUCAAGGAAGGUUCGAAAUUUUAAAAGAUAAUGUUUUUCAUUUAAAAAAAAAUUGACAGAUUUGAUCAAAUUAGAAAUAAAUUCUUUUUAAUUGCCUAAAAAAUCGAGUAUUGCUUAAUUAGAUCAUUGGAGAGAAAUAUAUCUACAUUUAUAUUAAGAAUUAGAAAAAGCAGUCUAAAUAGAGGAAUCUAAAAUUAUAUCUUAAAUAAUUUUUUAGGUUUAAUAAUUAAUUCUUUCUUUUUUAAGGUUUAGAUGGAACUAUUUAUACUUAUUUUGUGCAUUAAUUGUAGAAACAAAUCUAUAAUUAGAAGAAUUAGAUUAAAUUUUAGAAUUGGCAUAUGAUAUGAUGUAAAAUACAAAUAAAGUAGAUUUAGAUAAAACUUUUGAUUAAAUUUUAGCUUAACUAAAUCAAUAAACUAAAAAAUUAAUUAUAUCAGAUUAUUUUGAUAAAUAAGGAUCUAAUUUGGGUUAUUAAUCUUUAUAAGUGUUAGAAAAUCUUCUUCCUUCUAUAAACAAUAAAUUAAUAAAUGUUAUGCUUUAACUUGAUGUUCAAAUCUAAAACUACUAAAAACCUAUUAGAAUGAUUAGAGAAUUAAAAAUAUUUGAAUUUCAAUUAAUAUAUGAUUGUAGUUAAAAUUUAAAAAACUAUAAUAAAAUAUUUGAGAAAUUAACUGAUUCUAUAUUAGAAGGAGAAAAGGAUGAGAAAGACUUUAAAGCAAUAUUCUUUAAAUCUUAUCCAUUAAAUUUUUAACAAAGAUUAAGAUACAUAUGCAAUUAAAGAUAGAAUAAAUAGAUGAUUCAAUAAUUUUAUAAAGAUUAUUACUAUAACAUUGUUAAAUUAAAAUAAGAUUUUUAGAAAAAGAAAUUAGUUGAAUAUUAAGAAAUUUUAUAAAGAGAAGAUAAAAUCAGAAAAAUUUGUGAAUAAUAUAUAUAAAAAGAAGCAGAAAAAUUUCCAGGAGAUGUAUAAAAAGAAUUAUCUAUUUAUUUUGAUGUUUUUUUUUAAAAUAAUCCAUUUGUAAUAUUCUUACCUUCUAUAAUAAAAGGAUUGUUUUUCUUUAGACCACAAAAAUUUAGUUUUUUUGAUAAAAUAGAAAGAGUUAGAUUUGCUGCAGUUGCAUUUCAAGAUAAAGAUUAAAAUGAAAUAGAUAAAUUCAUUGAAUUUAUGGUUUAUAUGAAAGAUUUAUUUACUUUUUCAGAGUAAUUUUAAAUUGCUUAGAGGAUUUACAAUUUUUAUAUUAAAUUUCCAUAAUUUGGUGGAGAUCAGUGCAAACCUAUUAAUGAAUAAUUUCCAGAAUUUAAUUAAAUGAAGAGUAUUAAUGAUUAUAAUUCUACAACAUAUAAUGCAAUUUGCGUUUUUACUUCCAAAUUUUUUGGUUAAGACUAUAAAGUUGUAAUUAAAAGUGAAGAUAAUUUUCGAAAUAAUGACUUUUUAAAGAAAUUUUCUAAUUUAAUGAGCGAGAAAGGAUAAUAUGAACCUUCUUCUUAAACAGACAUAAUUUCAAAUUAAUUUUAAGAAUUAAAAAACUACAAAGCAUUUUUAAUCAAAGAAGCUUAGCAAUUUAAUGAUUACAAUUACAUAAAUAAAUGUAUUGAAAUAUUUCAAAAGUAUUAAACAAAAUAAUUUAUUAUGUAAGAGAUAAUUGAAAGUAAAAAAUAAUGUAAAUUACCUUUAAAUGAGCUAGAAUUAUUUUUUUCUUCAAAAAAUUAUUGGAUUUCAAUUGGAAAUUAAGAAUUCAAAUAAAUAACUGAUAGCAACCAAAAAAAGAAAGUAGAGGAAUAUUUUAAAUCAUUAAUAAAUCUUCCAACUUUAUAAUUAUUAAAUGAAAAAUUAUAAAAAGAUACUCAAUCAAUAUAAGAUACCUAUUUAAAAUAAUUAAUAAAUAAACAUUACCUAAAGUAUAAAGAAGAAUUAGAAAAAAAUUCUAGCAAAUCAAAUCUUUAAACUAAUAAAAUAAAAUAAUCAAUAUUAAUAAAUGGAACAAUUUAAAAAAAAUUAACUCAAUAUCGAUAGGAAUUAAAAUAAGGAGAAUUUUAGGUUGAAGACUAACAGGUUUUAACAUUUAUUUAAGAUUAAUUUAAUCUUUAUAUGAAACAACUGUUAGGAAAGGUAUUUUAAGCAGCUUUAACAUAGAAACCAGGAUAUGAAUUCAAGGUUUUUUAAAACAAACCUAUUUCAUAAAAUGAUACUUAAAUGAAUAAAUAUAAGCAAAAUUAAGAAUUACAAACAAAGUUUGGACCUUAAAAAAAUUCUUUUCUUGAUAUAUCAUUGUUAACAAGUAGUUAGAAUAAAAAUUAAUUAUAUUAUGAAUUAUGUGAUUACACUCCUUGUUAAAGGUAAAUAGAAUUUAGGAAUUAUUUAAUUGAAAUAGAAUCACCUUAAGAGGAUAAAUUGAAAAAUAAGAUUAGAAAAAAUAAAUGGAGGGAAGAACAUCCUGAAUUAGAAGAAGUACUAAAAAAAAGAAUUAAAAGAGGAGCUGAAUUAUGGAAUUAAGUAUAAGACUUUCUUUGUAAAAGGGAGAGUAAUGAAAAUGUGAUGAAUUCUGAUGAUGAAUCAGAUAAAUAUAAAGGUUAGUAAUAAUAAUGUGUUGAUAUGAUUGAAGAUGAUUAAUUAGACUAAAAAAUCUAAGAGCUUCAAAGAAAUUUUGAAAAAUAGUUGUUAACAGGAAAAAGUUACAUAAAAACAAGGUAAUAUGCUAUUUUAUAAUUAGAUUAAAUAAUAUGGACAACGAUAACCCCUUGUUGACUUUGAAAGAAAUAACUGUAAAAACAGUUUAGUUUGUUUUAGAGUAACAUCCCUAUUUCAAAAAGAGUAAGAUUUUAUAUAAAUCUUAUAUUUUAUGAAGAGUG